AUGAUUGAUAGUUGCAUUACUGGUACCUCAUCCUGCCAUUGUUGUGCCCUUUAUAUACCAGAAAUCACAAAAUAUGACAUCGAGCUGGACCCCAGCACUUGUUUCAAACAUUCCAAAGCAUGUAAACAAACACACCACAGAAAGCAUUCUCAAACACUUGCUCCUGCUCACUGUUUAUGUUUACUCUGUUUCGUUUCGUUUUGUUUCGCAACAUCCAAAAGCUGUUCCUGUAAUAUGCUAAAACAUAAUUUCGUGUCAAAAAAGUGCCUAGGAAAAAGAAUUCUUUUUGGAAGAGUUUUACGCUGGACUAAAGAGAAGAAAGCAUUUACGUUUAACGUAACUGUAAACAAGACACAAAAUGUAAACCCAAUCACGCCGCCUGUUGUAAACUAUUUCACAUCAUAA